UUCGAACAAGUCAAAUAGGUUUUUUAAGAAUAAUAUAAAAUGGCUGAUCCUGAAGAAAAUAUUCCAGUAACAGAGGAAGCAAUACCACCUAUCAUCCCGGAAGUUCCGAAAGAGAAGCAAAUUGUAACUGAUUCUGCUUUACCGGAUGUUCCUCUAGAUCUACAUCAAAGUCCAUCCACUUCUCGAAUCUCUGACACUCCAGAAGUAACAAAUGAGUCAAAACAUGACAAAAGUUCAACGAGUGAAUCAACUACACCUACAAAAUCUAGAAGAAAACGUAAGCCAAACGUCACUAAAAAAGUAUCGUCGAAUGAAAUGUCAGCAUCUGAAAACGAUUUGGAAGUUAUUCCAAAUAUUCCAAGUAUACCAAACAUUGAUAUUGAAAAAAAUCUGCUAACCAAUGUCAUCAGCGGUUCACCACCAAAAAAUCCUGAAUCUGAUGAAUGUGAGACGAUCGACAAGAUUGCUCAAAUGGUCUCCAGUAUUACUUCAAAUAAUGUGAACGUUGUUCCAUCAGCUGAUAAAGCAAAUGACGAAUUAAUUGAAAAUCAGCUGGCAAAGAUGUUUGGUGAUCCAAAUAAUGGAACUGCAUUAGAUCCUGUUGCUUCUGAAACACCAAACAUAUCCACAAAUGACAUGAAAAAGAAAGCAUCUACAAAACCAAAAGCUUCAAGAAAGAAAAAAGUUGAAGGAGCAACAGGAAAGAAAAAGCAACCACCAGGAGCCGGAGGAAAACUUAAGAAUGGAAAGUCGAGUAAAAAAGGCAACAAGAAUGAAGACGUCAAUGAUUCGAAAGCUGAGAAGAAUCUCAAAAAAUCGAAGGAAAAUGGUGGAAAAUCAAGAUCAAAACCAGAUAUUGCUCCAUUUGUUAAGAUAAAGAAGGAUGGUUCCUUCAACAUUGUAAAUCAAACUGCCAAUGGAGAUGACGACACCGAGAAAUCAGUAAAUAAGCCUAAAAAGAGCAACACUGAUAAGAAUAAAAGAAUUCGUGGACUUCAUGUAAGCACAUUAAGUAAUAAAUAUGACGCUGAUAAACGAGAUGCAACAUGGGUGUGUGUCUUCUGCAAAUUGGGACCUCACAAGCAUAAGCUUGGAGAUUUGUUUGGACCAUACAUCUUGAACAUUCGUUCUGAAGAAUAUUCACAAUGUCUUCAAGAUCCAUCGACUGAUAUCUUUAGGCAAACCAACAAGAACAAACUUUUGAAAACUCCACCACAAUCUGCAACUCCAGAAAAGCCAAAGAAAAAGAGAAAAUUAAACAACGCAACAGCUGUUGAAGUAAAUGGUUUAUCUGUAUCGAUGGAAGAAAUUUUUAAUGGCAUGACAAAGGUUGAUGACGAUAAUUAUGAAGUUUGGUUCCAUGAAGAUUGUCUUGUGUGGGCUUCAGGCGUUUACAUGAUUGGAACCAAAAUUGUUGGAAUGAAAUCAGCCAUCUGGUCAAGUACAAGAUAUCGAUGUACUUAUUGCAGUAAAAAUGGAGCGAUGGUGUCGUGCUUAUCAAGAGAAUGCAAAAAACCAGCACACAUUGCAUGUGCUAGAAAAGGUUGGAAAUUAGAUGAUGAAUUUAAAACAUUUUGUGAACUACAUCAUUGAUUUGUAAAUGAAAAACUAAUCAAUAAAAAAUUAAAUUGAAAAGUAUUAUGAAAA